CCUUUCAAAGCCAUUCUGCAUCUUAUUCAGCUCUGCAUCUUAUUCAGUUAACGUUGUUCCUUUGAUUUGCUUUGAUCUCUCUCUCUCUCUCUCUCUCUCUCUCUCUCUAUAUAUAUAUAUAUAUGGCUGCUUCUUCAUUAUCAUCUCCUAAAAUAUUGGCUGAGAGUGUGUGUGAAGAAGUUGAAUUCUUUGAGGCCAGCAACAUCCUUGAUCUCAUGGCUUUAAUGGAAGAAACACAGGAAGAUCAUCAGUACUGUGAAGAUGAUCAUAGGCUUUUGAGUAUGAUUCAGUCAUUGGAGGCAGAGAUUAUCGGUCGUAGCAAUAGCCCUGAUCCUUACCAGAGGUAUGAUAUUGAGGUGGGACAGGUGGACGGUGAGGAUUUUUCCACGUCAUCAAUAUACUGGGAGGACAUGGAAGCUGCUAGUCCCUCAUCAUCAUUAUCCUCAUUCGAUGAUGAGAUGAUGGAUGCAUGGAGCCUUUGUGCUGCAGGUGGGGAUGAUAGUAGUAGUCAAUGUUCAUCAGAGUUUUAUUGGAGUUUUGUUAGAGAAUUACCUGCCACAAGAAACAAGUGAUGUAGUGUUCCGAGAAACCUGUGUAAUUAUAAGGAUUUGAGUUCUCUAAGGCAAGCAAUGUCCUUCUAAUCAUGACCUUAACGGAAGAAUAAGCUGAAGAUUAUAUAUGACCAAUGUUUUGAAGAUAAAAUUAACACUUGUAAUUUGAAUGAAUGAAUGAAUCACUUGAAGCAGAGAUCAGACAUCCAUGAUAAUGAUUGGAUGAUUGAUGUUGUCCCUUCCAUAUCAUCAUUGCAUGAUUUGAAUAUUCAUAGUUUGAGUCAUAAUUGUAUACAAUGGUCUUUUCUUUUUAAUAUAAUUAUAUAGUG